UAUAUCACAAUAAUACAGUUUUUACUGCAUUUUUUAUCAAAUAAAUACAGCCUUUGUGAGUAAAAAAGAGACUUUUUUUAAAUACAUUAACCUUUGAACGGCAGAGUACAAAAAUAUUUUUUUGCCAUGAAGGGUAGUAACGGGUAACAAAAUGGCUACAUUAACAUAUAUAGACUGGUGCAGACAUCAUAAAGUCUUAUUUUUCAUGACUCAUUCAAUCUUGAUGGACUCCUUUAAAUACAGAGAUAAUGCAUCUCCUUUUAAUCUUUCUGAAUUCAAGUGGUUUAGGUGAGAAAGGCCACUCUAAUGGCCAUGCUAACAAGAACUUCAGACUCAUUUCCAUUAUUUCAUAAGCCUUUUCAAAUGCAGAGGAGACUGACGUAUGAUGAAACUACUUUUCUUUUAUGUAGUAUUCAGUUUUUGUGCUCUGAGUUACAUAAAGUCUUUGUAUUCACUGCAGCAGAUGGAAUGCAUUAGUUGAAAAGGUGUAAUUUCAGCCCCAUUUUGUUGAAAUGCAUGCACGGUUACACAACCAGAGCUGUCUUUAUCAUUUCCAUAAAACACAUCAUCCUGUUUCUCAUCCACCUGAGACAAAACACACAAGCUUCUGCACAGCCUCCCACUGACUUCGGACUUGGUCACCAUGGAGAUCCCCUUCAAGUGCAACUAAACAGGUUGGAUUGUAUUGGUCUCUUAUGCACCUUUUGUGCAGCUAGGUGAUUGUUUAGCGAUGAUUCACUGCUCUGGGGUCAACGCUUAGUUUGUUCAGGCUGUGCUAAAUGUAGUGUCGUCGGUGCAUUAGACAAGAGACAUGCAGAGACGGACUUGCUCUUCCCUGGUUGACAAGAUCUUCAUGGGUUUUUGAAAGAUGCGUCGGCACUCUGCUUCAGAGAUCUUGCUGAAGGUCCUAAGGAAGAGGCGUAGCUCAGCUGUGGAAGUUCUGACUUCCUCUUCACAGAGGGUUAUUGUGGCACUUAGCAUGUCUGAGGCGCAGAUUGACAUCACAGGCUGUGGAUUGAAUGUCAGAGUACCGACUGCAAAGUACACCAAGGUGGGCGAGACUUUGAGGCAUGUCAUCCCAGGACAUAUGCAGUGCUCCAUGGCAUGUGGCGGUCGAGCAUGCAAAUACGAAAACCCUUCUCGCUGGAGCGACAAAGAGCAAGCCAUCAAAGGACUGUACUCCUCCUGGAUAACUGAUAACCUGUUAGCCAUGGCACGACCUUCAACUGAAAUCAUGGAAAAAUUCAACAUCAUCGAACAGUUUCAUAUGUGUGGCUUAAAGACGGUAAUCAACCUGCAGCGUCCAGGGGAGCACGCCAGCUGUGGCAGCACUCUGGAGCCAGAGAGCAGUUUCACCUAUCGCCCUGAGGUUUUCAUGGAGGCAGGGAUUUAUUUUUACAACUUUGGCUGGAAGGACUAUGGCGUGGCAUCCUUGACCACUAUUCUUGACAUGGUGAAGGUGAUGUCAUUUGCCAUGCAAGAGGGUAAAAUUGCUGUCCACUGCCAUGCUGGACUUGGCAGAACAGGUGUCUUAAUAGCGUGCUUCUUAGUAUUCACAUCCCGGAUGAGCGCAGAUCAAGCCAUUUUGUUUGUUAGAGCUAAACGUCCAAAUUCCAUCCAGACUCGUGGCCAACUGUUAUGUGUGAGAGAGUUCGCCCAGUUCCUUGUGCCACUGCGGAGUGUAUUCUCGUGUGCCGAGCCCAAAGCUCACGCAGUCACGUUGUCUCAGUACCUGACUCGACAAAGGCACCUGCUGCACGGCUAUGAAGCACGACACAUGAAGAACAUGCCAAAGAUCAUACACCUGGUCUGCAGGCUCCUACUGGACAUAGCAGAGAACCGGAAAACGGUGGAAGAAGAGGUGUUGGACAUCCCAGACCUCACGGAGGAAGUGGAGAAGACGGUCUCGCUGCAAGCCCUUCAGCAGUUAGGGAAGGAGAUGAGGGGGAAAGGGAUUCCCAUAUCCUCACCUCGCUCUCCUGACCAACCCAGCUUGCUUCUUAAAGGAACGCAGAGUGAUCCACCUCAUGACCGGCCACUCUGUAGCGACCAGGAGUUUGAUGUUCUUUGGAGAUGGCCGACGGUAGACAAUACCUACAAGUCUCAGCUCAUCUUGAGAAAAUGUCUUAGCUAUAGCGACUCAGCCUUGCACAAACUGGACCCAAGGGUACAGUUAUUACAAAGUCCCCAGAAUGCUCUUGGCAGCAAAUCUGGGUUAAAUUUUACCGAACUUUAUUCGUCGCAGAGCAGAUUAGAUACACAAACCCCUGACCUUCUGCCAUCCCUGUUGACAUCUGAAGUCAACAACAGUCCCAAACAUGGCUCUUUAACUGGUUCCUGUAGCUCCCUGGUACAAUCCAAAAAUGUUGAAGGCAAUGUAUCCUGCUCUCCUGUCUCCGUAAAACGGGUACCUCUGAAGGAAGCAAAGCGCAGCAUGUCUUACGGCUUUCUAGGGAGGACCAGUGACAACAGUGUGUUUUUGACACGUCAAGGCGUCAAAAGUCACCUCAGCCCUAAUGAAAACACAACCUCUGAUGUCACACAACAAUUCACAGAUGUUCCUAUUUUAAUGCUUCAGAGUGAACUCUCACCUGAGACUCGUCAUCUGUUUGUGGCCAAAGCUCUCACGAUGGACAUUGAUGGAGAGGAACUCAGGAGCACAGUCUCAACGUGGCAGACAGAGCUGAACUCCCGUGAAGGUGCAUGGGAGAGGUUGUGCACCGAAAGAGAUCCUGUUGUGCUCUCCACACUCAUGUGGUCUUGGCUAGAGCAACUAAAGGAGCCAAUCAUCACAAAAGAGGAUGUGGAGACUUUGGCUGGAAACCGAUUCAAUCCCCAAGAUACUCUUAAUUCACUCGACAAGGGACAAAAACAAACUCUUCUGUGUAUUCUUGAUUGCGCUGCUCAUUUUCUUAAAAUACCAGAGGAGGUUGAGAAUGCCUUUCUUGAACGCACAAUCAAAGCAUUUACUUGGAUUUCCUCAGAUUCAGAGAAUGGGCAGUUAAUCUAUAAGACUCUGAAAGAUGUCAUGAUCCCCGUCCUCAAUGAUAUGAGGACAAAAGCAAUGGAAGAGCUUGAGCUGACCUGCCACUGUACCAUCUUACCCUGAUCAAGAUGGUGAGACACUGGAUGUGGAAACUGAAAUCUGGAGUCUGCACUAUAAUUUUGAACGAAAAAGAAACAAACAAACAGGUUUAGUGUUUUUUUUUUCUGUUUUCAGUGGUGUCCUUGCCAUGAUUACUUAUACAAAUAAUGUAUUUUAACAUAUUUUAUUUGUGAGAGAACAAUAAUUACUGCCAUACAUGUAUGUGCCACAAGGUUUUGUUAGGCUAUUUUUCUAAUUUUGUUCCUUAAUAGUUUAUUUUUUGGUACACAAUAUUUAUUAGCAAACUGAGGGAACUAUUUAUUAAUAAGUAUGUCAUGUAUUUAUUUUUACAUUUUUGUUUGGCUCUAACGAACUGAGAAUUCUCAUGAAAAUGUGUUUUGUCAUAUCAUACUGUUUGAAGAGAUAGAUGUUAGAUGUUCCUCAUUAUUGACUAAACCAAAAUAACAUCACUGUGCAACAUGUCUCAUUUUAUGACACAGUCUUUAAUACUUUUAUUGAAUGAAGCAAAUUGCCAGAUUUUGCUGAUUUUUGCCUUUGCAAUUUUAAAGGUUUGUAUUUAAGGUACAAUAGAGGACAACUGAAUGCUUUCAUUCAUAGUGCAACAGUUUAUAUUAUGAAUGGCUCAGCAUGGCCUUGAUCACACUUUUGAAAAAUACUGCCCUGUAGACAGACUUUUGCAGGAUGCUCUUUAACUUUUAUUGGCAUUAUUUAUAACCAAGCUGCUUCUUUUAAUGAACUUAGAACAAAAAAAAAUCAAAAGGAAUAUGUACUAAUGUGUUUGUCAUGUGGUGUUUUAGUACUAGAUAACACUGUGGUGUUAAAACUGACCUCAUUUGUCAUCUAAAAUGCUAUCAUUGUCUUGUUACUUGUACUUUUUUAAGUAAAUAUCAUGUAGCCAGCAGAAUACACGUUUAUUCAUUCAUGUGGAAGAAUUGUGAGUCCGAUAAUUCUUGUCUGAUUCCUAAAGACAGAUUAUUGUGGAUUUUUCCUAAGAAUUAUAUAUUUUUUAUUUAUUACAUUUUCAUUCAAGUCUAUAAAAUAAAGAUCUCAAUGUUA